UGGAAAAGUAUUGAAGCCAACCAGCACAAGCUUUAGAUUUCCUUCUCGCCUUCAUCUUUAUUUCCUUCUCACCUUCACACCACUUGGGAUAUUCCAUCAGCUCACGCUCACCACACUCGCACUCUUUCUUGCUCUGUUCCUGUUCGCAAGCUCAUCACUUUUAACGGUCGCUGGUGCUCCUCGAGGAAGUUAAUGUCACCACCUCUCGAGCAUGAUUACAUAGGCCUGUCGGAGCUCCCCUUCUCUGCUGCAGCCGCUGCCGGCGCAGCCGAGGAUGGGGCGCUUAACCUGAAGGAGACGGAGCUGCGGCUGGGCCUCCCCGGAUCGGAGUCCCCCGACCGGAAGGAGAAGGUGGGCCUCACUCUGGGGCUCCUUCCCAAGGUGUUCGGCUCCGGUGCCAAGCGCGGGUUCUCCGACGCCAUCGACGGGGCCGGGAAGUGGGAACUCACCUCCGGGGGAUGUGGAUCCGAGGUGGAAGGCGGGAAAGGUGGCGCCUUGUUCUCGCCGAGGGGGGAGGACGGCGGCGGGCAGCUGUCCGGGCACGGGAACGCUGGCAAAGAUGUGGCGCCGAAGGCAGACGGGCAGGAGAGGAAGGCCGCUGGACAGGUUGGGAACUCCGCUGGGAAUGAUCGCGGCGUGGCGCCUGCUGCCAAGGCACAGGUGGUAGGUUGGCCACCAAUCCGUAGCUACCGUAAAAACACGAUGGCUACAAACCCAUCAAAGGACAAAGAAGAUGCUGAUGAAAAACAAGGUCCAGGAUGUCUUUACGUUAAGGUCAGCAUGGAUGGAGCACCGUACCUCCGGAAAGUCGACCUAAAAGCAUACAACAACUAUAAGGAGCUCUCCUCGGCACUCGAGAAGAUGUUUAGCUGCUUCACCAUCGGUCAGUGUGGUUCUCAUGGAAUACCAGGCCGAGAUGGAUUAUCUGAGAGCAGGUUGACGGAUCUUCUGAAUGGAUCUGAAUAUGUGCUCACUUAUGAAGACAAGGAUGGUGACUGGAUGCUUGUCGGCGAUGUACCAUGGGAGAUGUUCACCAACUCCUGCAAGAGGAUGAGGAUUAUGAAGGGUUCAGAUGCAAUUGGACUUGCUCCAAGGGCCAUGGAGAAAUGCAAGAACCGAAUUAGGAUCAGCUUCUGACCCUUAACUGAAAUCAGAAGAGCCCUCCUUGAGACUGAAAGGGUUAACAAGAUCACUUGGCUACUCUCUUACAUCUACCAUGUGCCAUGGCUUUCUGCUUUAUAUGGACUAAGACUUCGUGCUAGCUUUCUAAGAUUCCCUAGGGACAUAAGCUCUGUAGUUUGUAAGAUUGUGUAUUCAGUACUUGCGCAUGUCUCGUUAUCACUGUCUGUCUAAACAUUUGGCUUGCUGUCUGCAACUGUUAUAGUUGAAGUUCCCUAUUUGAAAUUGUAGUUCACAAGGCCCUAUUGUCUCUUGUCGUAAUCCUAACAAUCGAAGUCAAAGUUACCCAACCACGGCCACCUCUGGUCGGAACAAAACUAUCAAAAGGCAGCUUUUUUUUGUGUACUUGUUCCCAAAUCAAUGUCAGUGAAUGAAUUGGA